CCAGAUACAGUGUCUGGACAGUUUCGCCAUGUCGAACGCCUUGGAAACAUUACUACGGCGUUCGUACGCAAGGCGGCUUCCUAGUCAGCAGUGGGCACAAUUCACUGCCGAAUACCUACAAAAUUCAUCAAUAACAGAUCAAGCCAAUGAUCUCUGCGAUCUUUUGUUGAAGCAUACAUUUUCGUCCACGGCGAUAGAAACUUCCUUAAUACAUAACUACCUUCAAUAUGCAGUGUUGGGGGAUCGGUUUGACACGCAAGGUAAACCUCGAAAGGAAGUCAACAGUGGAUCAUUGAUAGCCAUUGGCACUUUCCUGAAAAAAAUCAGCAAACUUCCUCGAAACACAAUUUCAAUUCAACCACACCAGUGGGCUGUGUUGCUGAGAGUCACUCACGCCGCUCUCGAAGAAGUGAGGAUAACAACACUGUUUCCAUCCUCUAGCGACGAUGAAUGGAAAUCGGUAGCCGAUGACUUGUUAAGCCUGUUAGCUGAUAUUUUAGGAAACGGCUUGUAUCAAAUUAUCAAUUCAUCCGACGGUAAUGAACUGGAGCCCCAAGAGUUAGGAUGGCAGUCUGAUGUCAACCUACGUCGCGAACAAUCAUCACUACUUUUACCCAACACCAAUAUGCAAAGCGCGCCACAGUUUUCAUUUGACCCUGAAGCAACCCAGGAUUUGGAUAUGCUAGAGGAAACUGUCGUGCUAGAUGAAGAUGAGACCAAGCCAGCCAUGGAUGCUGAAGCUUCCCAAACAUCAGAGCAAUACGACGAAAACAACGUUAAAACAAGAAUUGGGGUUCGUAAUGCUAUAACAGCUGCUGAGAUUUUUAUGAAAUGUCUGGAAGAUGAAGACGUCUUAAAUAUGCUCAAGGCUGAUGGAGCAGAAGGACGUAAGGCAAGAUUACUCGCCGUUCUUCUGCCAGAAAAUCAAACACCGACUUCACCAGCUGUCGCCAACAGCACAACCGUGCAAAAACUAUUAGUCGCGAUAAAGCAAUUAUCCGAAAGCGUUUCUGAAAAACACAAAAUUGUACACAUGAAGUAUCAUGAACUUGAGGAUGAAGGAACCGCCAGAGCGAUGCCAAGUGCAGGAUUAAUGGGAUUAAUAUAUCACAUUGCCCAAAUUCGACCAAGUUUACCCGACAAGGAUAUCGUGGAAAGGAUGAUGAAACUCCAACGUAUCAAGGGCGCUUUUGAUGAAUCGUUCUAUUUAGAGCUAUGGCUUGCAGGUCUUACAGGUCUAGCAGAGGCAACACAGGCGUGCUCCAGCGCACAAAUUCAUAUGGAAAGUGGAAAGGAGGAUGCUGGUCCAUCAAAGAGCAAUCAUAAUUGUACUCUGAAGACUGUCACUGAUCAAUUGUUGUGGAAGACAUUGGUUUUGGUUAAGAUUCCUUCGCUGAUUCAACAAUUUCAAGAAAUGAAAUCCUCUAUGAUGGAAGAAAUCACUUUGAACUCCGAGAACAUUGCAGAUAAACAACAAGAAGGAGAAGGGGAAGGAGAAGACGCUCAAAUAAAGCAUAAUGCGUUGGAAUCUUCAUUAUUCGAACUGCAAGCAUUUAGCGGGCUUCUUAAUGCCUGCAAUUCCAACUCCUGUUGCUCACUACUGUUUACGCCAGCUUCUUGGGCGGAAUCGGGUGGUAACAACAAGAAUGCGGAUGAAGAUGAGCUCAUGAUGAUGUUGAAUGAUAUGAGUGAUGUUGAUGAUGGACUUAGCAACCCAGCGGUUAUCAAAGCUGUCAACUCAGUCAGUUCGCGGGACAUUUUUCAACUGAUUGUACAAGUUUGUUUGGAGGACAAAUUUCUACGUCUGGAGGUGGCAAAGGAGCUUCUAACGAAAGUAUCACCGUCAUCAGACAAGGAAGGUGCCCAGAAAACCGAAACCGCUGACGAUAUCAACGCAUUAUUGGACACUAGUAUGCUUGAUUUUGGAGGCGAACUUACGUUCGAUACCACGUCAAGCAACGAGAACGAGAACGAACAUGUUCUAAUAAAGCAGAACUUGGAGCAAAGGAUUAAAGUCAUAGAGGAGAAUCCUACAUCUUUUGGCACAUCCGAUCUCAUGAAUAUUGCAAUGCUUUCUCUUAAUAAUCUUAAAACAGUUACUGAUUUCAUAUUGACGUUUAUACGUCAAAAGGCAGAUUCUCUUGACUUAAGAUCUAUGGCUCCAAUCUGUGAAUCGUUAUCCCAAAAUCCAUGUUUCCUUGAUUUGAUAUUCCAGCUAUAUCAACCGUCAGAUCUUUUGGGUCCAUUAGAGUUUCUUUGUAACGAUUGGAAUCGAUCAAACUAUACCAUGGACAUGGAUGAUAACAACGAAUAUGGUAGCCAAGGUCAAGACGUCGAUGAUCUCCAAUCCAGUUUUGAAGAUUUUGGUAAAGUCUGGUACCUCAUCAACUUACUUAUUAGCAAAUUCGAUUUAUCCGGAGAUUUGUCCACCGCAUUCGUCAACCCCACGGGAUAUUGCUACACAUUUUUCUUACAACAUCCUUCUGUUUACGACAGCGGAAUGGCAGAUGACCACAUCGAACAGUUCAUUUCAAUGUGGAUGACCGCAUUGUUCGGCAACGAUGGCAUAUCAGACGCACUUCUCAGAUCUUCAACACCACAGCUGCUGAUCAAAGUCUCGCCAACUUUGUUCGAACGAUCAAUGUACGCGUACGAAGCCGGUGAGAUGGGUCUACAGAACUUGCUGGGAGGUAUCGCUUAUUUCAAGGAAAAGUUCUUGAGCUAUGUGCUAGUCCCAAGUGCAAUGUCUUGGCUUUGUACAGAGCUUCUAUAUAACAAAUCUGUAGCGGCCAUCACCAUUAUGCGGGAGUUGCUGCAAUCUGAAGAUAUUCCGGAUAUUUUUGUCUUACUGAGCGCCAGUCAAAUCCUUGGUACAUUCGAUGCAUUAGAUAUUCGCUACAGAACUGAAGCAGAAGUUAAUGAAGACGAUACUCAAUCGCCCGAUAUUAGUGCCAUCACCCCAUAUGCGCAAGAGAUUUACAGUCGAAUUUCAGCUACAUGCCAAAGACAACAUGUACAAGAGCGAGGUUCAGAAACGGGGAUUAUAGGACCUGAAAAUUUGUUUGGUCGAGCACGAGAUAUGCUUCGAUACAUGGUGAAAAGUGGACGUUCCAUGUAUAUGCGUGACGUCGAAGCAGACACAUUCGCCUCAUCCCAUCCACAAGACAAUGUACCCGAUGAACAAGCACACUACUUGGAUAUGAGCAUUUUCAAAGCUGCAUUAGAAAUUGGAGGCAAUCGUUGGUUCAUGCUGUCUAUUGUUGAAGAGGUCUUAGAAGCCGGUCAAGCUGGAGGCGCUGUUCGCGCAGCCGAAAUUGGUUCAUGUCUGGUUGCGACACCUCUUUCCGUGUCAGUAAAUGCGUUCACAAGCACACUGGAUAUGCUAAGAUGUCUACUAGUAGAUAUCGUACCUUCUGUACUGGCUUGCAGUUCGCCUAUUCACGAUUCUUUCUUUCAAGGACAAACAUUAGGUGUCUUCAUCAGUGAUUGCUUAGUGUUAACCAAAGGAUUUAGCAUAGAUGACGCCACGAACAAUCAAGCACAAGCCGUCGAAGUCAUUGGAAAACAAUUCUUGCGACAACUUGCUACAGCUGCCAACUUCCGUCAGAAGAAGAGGGAUUCUGAGGACGAACAGCCUUCGCCAAAAGCCCUCGGACCCUUCGCUUCAUGUUCAGACGAAGUUAUCAAAAGUCCCUUAUUUAGAGGUGUUAUCAAAGGACUGAAAAGUAACACUAUUUUAUUUGAAAAAUGGCCCAAUAUUAGUGUAUAGUAGAGGAGAGUAACAAAUGAAAACAACAAAACAUUUUAAAAAUAAUAAAAAAAGCAAUAUACAGUCUUUUUGCUUUGCCAACUGGAUCCUGG